AUGGAUGUAAACAGCGUUGAACCCCGACUAAGUGCAUCAGAUAAGGUCAUGAGCAAUUACGGGCUGAGUAGUACUCAUGAAUAUUUCCUAGAGAAAAUCAUUUCGACGAUCAAAAAACAGCAAAGUGAGGAAGCAUUUUACGUGCUGGAUUUAGGUGUUGUCAUUAACCUCAUGGACACCUGGAAACGUAACCUUCCGAUGGUCCAACCCUUCUACGCUGUUAAAUGCAAUCCACACCCGGAUCUCCUCGCCACCUUGGUUGCUCAAGGCUCAAGUUUCGACUGUGCAAGUCGGUCUGAGAUUGAAUCCAUUUUGGCUCUGGGAGUUUCUCCAGAUCGCAUUAUCUAUGCUAAUCCUUGUAAAGCUUGCUCUCACAUCAAGUAUGCUGCCGCAGUUGGCGUUAACCUAACCACUUUUGAUUCAGUAGAUGAGGUUCAUAAGAUCCGAAAAUUGCACCCGGAAUGUUCUUUACUAAUCCGCAUCAAAGCUCCGGACGAGAGUGGGAGCAGGUGGCCAAUGAGUUCCAAGUACGGUGCUCUUCCCGAAGAAGUGCCUAAGCUCCUCCAAGCCGCUCAAACUAAAGGACUCAAAGUUGUUGGGGUAUCAUUUCAUAUAGGGAGUAAGUCCCACAAUUAUCAAGCAUAUAAAACAGCAAUACAGGCAGCUAAGGCGGUUUUUCAGGAGGCGGAUAGGCUCUGCAUGCCUCCCAUGCAUGUGUUGAACAUUGGCGGUGGCUUCGUGUCCGAUGCAUUGUGCUUUGUAGCUGCGGCAACAGCCGUGAAAACUGCCGUGGACAAGUACUUUUCAAAGGAGGAGCAACAAAACUUAACGAUGAUGGCCGAGCCCGGUCGGUUCUUUGCGGAGACGGCUUUCACGCUUGCCACCAACAUCAUUGGGAAGCGAGUGAGAGGGGAGGUCAGACAUUACUGGAUCAACGAAGGGUUCCAUGGCUCCAUGAUGCGCGUGGAUCGUACAGCGCUAGUUGAAUCGUGCAUUUCUCUGAAAUGCAUGUCCAAUAACAGUAGUGACGACAAUGAGAAGAACCCAGGCAUUAUGGUAAGUGGUAAAGGUGUCGGUGGUGAUCGCACUUACAGUUCGAUUGUGUUUGGUCCGACGUGUGAUCCCAUUGACAAGGUCUUGGAGGGUCACCAGCUACCAGAAUUGGAGGUGAAUGAUUGGUUGGUGUUUCAGAAUAUGGGUGCUUAUACGUCAUCCUGUAGCAACAAGUCUAAUGGUUUUGGCGCAGCCAAGAUCACCUACCUUACUAAUUAA